AAGCAGAGAGAGAUUAUGUCAAAGAAGAAAAAGAGCUUUAAAUGCGAGUUGGUGAUGUGGUUUUCUCUUCUUCAUACACCUAGCCAUCCCUCCUCACUUUAUAUAUAUAUAUAUAUAUAUAUUAUUCAUGUGCAGGGAGAUAUUCUUAGUUUAAAAAGGGUUUUAAAUUCAUAUAUUUUUGCUUUAAGAUCAACUAACAUCCAGCUACAAACCCAAAAGCCUUCUUCUUCUAUAAACGCAAAUGGCAAUGGAUUUAUUGCGCACCCAUCUCGUUUUUCUCCUUCCUAUUCGUUUUCGUUGGGGAAUUUCAUCGAACGGGUCAAGGAUUUCUGCAACUUCGCCGUCUCUGCGGUUCUGGGGAACGUUUUCUCUGCGAUCUUCACCUUCUUCUUUGCAUUAGUGGGCACCAUGUUAGGAGCAAUGACUGGAGCUUUGAUAGGGCAAGAAACUGAGAGUGGAUUUGUGAGAGGAGCUGCAGUUGGAGCAAUAUCAGGAGCUGUUUUUUCAAUUGAAGUGUUUGAAUCUUCCCUUAUUCUUUGGCAAUCAGAUGAAUCAGGAAUUGGGUGUCUUCUGUAUUUGAUUGAUGUCAUUGCUAGUCUCCUAAGCGGUAGAUUAGUCCGCGAGCGGAUUGGCCCCGCCAUGUUAAGUGCAGUGCAAAGUCAGAUGGGUGCUGUGGAAUCAAGCUUUGACGAGAUCCCCAACAUCUUCGACACUGGCGGCUCCAAAGGGUUGCCCGGAGAUUCAGUUGAAAAGAUCCCAAAGAUCAAAAUUACCUGCCACAACAACGUGGAUGCUUCUGGGGAGAAAGUCUCCUGUUCAGUUUGCCUUCAGGAUUUUCAGCUUGGAGAGACAGUAAGAAGUUUGCCACACUGCCAUCACAUGUUUCACUUGCCUUGUAUAGAUAAGUGGCUCCUAAGGCAUGGCUCAUGCCCUCUCUGCAGAAGGGAUCUGUGAAUCUGAUGAUCUUCCUGUAAAUUACCAAAUGAGUAAAGAGUUGUUUAUUGAAUUAUACAAAUUUUGUACCCUUUUCAUCUCUACUGUCAUUCACCAGGCUGCUCCAGUAGCUUCAUGCUACAUUGUGAAUUCAUGUAUAAAAAUUUUGAUUGUGGUACUUAUAAACCUUUUCAUUGCACAGAA